CAUUUAUUAUUUACUAUGGGAAACAAAUUCAUAAUAACAUUUAUAUUUGCUAUUUGCAGUCUGUUAACUGCUUAUGCUACUAAUCCACUAGUAGGUAAACCAGUAAUUCUUCCAACAUGUCCAGUACCCACCGAACAGAUUUUAAGAUGUCUUGGGCGAUGGGCCUGUCAACACGCCAUACGUUUGGAUCUAAGAUGUCUUUUAAAUCUUAACGGAAAUCCUCUUCUUGGUGGCCUUCUAGGUGGCGGCGGAAUUUUAGGUGGAGCAAAUGGUGGUGGUCUUGAAGGUGCUAUUCCUGGUGCUGGUAAUGGAAUUGUCGGCGGUCUCUUGGGACGUUAAUGUGUGGAUGUGUCCUCUUCUAUUGUUGUAAUAACUAAAUGCGUGUAACUAUGACAUAGUUACUAUUAUUUGGUUUAUUCGAAUAAUUCAAAUAAAUAUACAUAUGUAAAUUAAA